AUGCCGAAGCAGACCGGAAGCACUAACUACAAGCUCUCUGCAGUGCGUCGGCUCCUGGCGCUCGUCGAGCACUACCUGCCGCUCAGCAAGGACGAGUGGGAGCGACUUGCCGUUGCUUACAACUCCAACCAAGGGCGUGGUGUCGCUGAGCGCGACUAUGAAAGUCUGCGCCGUAAGUUCAAGGUGAUCUACGGAGCACGGAAGCCUAUCGGUGUAGCUGACAUGCCGCCGCACGUGAAGCAGGCGAAGCUGCUUAAACAGGCCAUCGACGCCAAGGCCAGCGUGGUCGACAUGGACGAUGGCGCUGAUGUCGACAAUGAAGUUGAGGAAGAGGGCGAGAAUGAGGAGGAGGAGGAGGAGUAUGAAGCCGACUUGUGCUUCGGCUUCGACGGCAAUGAGGGGCUCGAUGACAACUCGCACGCG